GGGUUUCACUCUCGUCGGCGAAUGGAAGUAAAAGUAAAAACAACAUCAGUAAUAGAACAGAAGCAGGGGGAUUUGGGUGGAAAUAUUAUCCGCUGCGUGGUGCGCGUUGUGUUUAUUGUUUACCAAAAAAAAAUAUCUAGUCUCUUCCAAAAAGCAACCGCUUUGCGGAGAACAUUGUGCAAUAGCUAGUGGAUGUUAACGAGUUUCCUUAUGGUUGGAUAAGAAAUCGGAAUUGUAACCUCAUGAAACUAGUCCUCUUUGAAAACGAACAAGACGUCUUUUAGUGAUGAAAAUAAAAUCGAUGCAUUAUCGUUUCUAAUGCGCGAAAAUGGCGUCGCGGCGUCGAUUAGCAGUAGAUUCUAUCACUAUCGCUUGAGGUCCUACCAACAACGAGCAUAGCUGGAUUCGCUGUUCAUGAUUGAACACAACAUCCCGGACGAAAACCUUUCUAUUAUCGUACGUUCCUUGUAAAGUGAGUUGAUUAGACGGAGAAAAAUAGGGGAACAAAAAAUCGAUAAUUUCGUGCGCUCGUUUCGCAAUCGUCUCCUAGAAAACUAGCGUUUGUGCUAUGGCGAGGGCGAUGUGCCAAGGGAUCUUUGAACUUUCGGGUAUACGUUUGACCUCAUACCGAGCAGACGACAGCGCUGUGCGCAGGGAAUAAAGAUUCAUUGGGACCGUAGGGAGAACCCACACUAUAAACGUACGUGUUGAAAAACCAGCAAAGGGGUGGAAGGUAUCGAUUUUUUGGUUGCUUGGUUGUAAACUUACUGACCACAAUCGAGAAGAGCCCUCGUGACUAAUCCGAAACCGCGCAGCGCUGUGUUUGUCCGUAUAGUAUUUAGUGUCAAUGUGAGUGAGCAGAGAUAUACAAAGCCAAAGGUGUCCUUCAAGAGUCUGAACUAGCUCAAGGCAGCUCGCUUUUGGAAAGCGUUGGAUUAGUUUUAAGGAUACAGAACCGCAUUUCGACGAUGAGUUCCGGGCAGUCCCAGCAGUUCUGUGUGCGGUGGAAUAGUCACCUCGGAAGCAUCGGUGCGGCUUUUCCACAGUUACUGGCCGGCCAGCGGUUCGUGGAUGUUACACUUGCCUGCGAGGGCCACCAGGUGCACUGCCAUCGACUGGUGCUAGCAGCAUGUUCGACCUUCUUCGAAAAUUUGUUGGGAGAAAACCCCUGCAAGCACCCCAUAAUUAUCCUACCCCGAGAGAUAAAGCUUUGGGCCAUCCAGGCACUGGUAGAUUUCAUGUACAAAGGAGAAGUGAAUGUAUCUCAGGCGGGACUGCCGGAUCUGAUGAAGUGUGCCGAAAUUCUGAAAAUCCGCGGUCUGUGCGGUUCGGACGCGGCGCUUAAUCUCAACCAAAUUAACAGUCCAGGAAGCAGUGGCGUAGCUCCGGGGCAAACUAAUGAGCCGUCAAACCAAAGUGGCCAAAGAGGGAACAGUCCUGCCAAUGCAGAACGCAGCAAAGGAGGUCAACAAAACAGUGCACUCGGUGGGAACAAAGCAGGGGGAAAUUUCCUGGGCAGCCUGAACUUACAACCAGUGGCCUCAUCAACACCAGCGAAAGUAUCUAGUCAACAGCAACAGCAGCAACCUCUUCCGCAGAGUGGUGACGAUGGUGAGAACAGUGACGGUGGCAGUGGAAAUGAGAUGUGCAUAAAGACAGAGGACCUCAUUAUAGAUGACGAUGCGGAUAAACCUGGCGACGACGAAGAAGACAUGGACAACGAUACGAACGGAAAAACCCAAGCUGAGGAAGACGUUUUUGUCGACGAUGAUGAACUUGAUGAUUAUAUCGAGGACGUAGAUCAAGACCUCCAACAGCUCGAUGAGCAAACACAAGAGCCUCCUGCUAGCAAUAGUAAUAGUAAUAACAAUGAGUUCACUAUCACCAUCACGGGCGAUAACAGUAACAGUAACCCCACUGAUUCCAAAACAUCGCAAACGAAAAGCAAACGAAAUGCCUCCUCCUCGCCUCCGCCGUCGUCAUCGUCAUCGCUGUUAUCGAUUCUGACACGUGGUUCUAUUCGGGUUAAAUCGAACGAAAAUCUCUUUGAAAAUUACAAGCAACAGCAAGAGCACAAAAACGUAGAUAAAUCCGCGUCACGAAAACACGUGUAUUCGUGCUAUGGUGAUGGUGACGAUGGUGAUGGUGGUGGGGGUGGGGGCGGUAGUAGUGGAAGUGUUGACGGUGGGACAGAUUCCAGUACAAUCGGUCUUCCCUCUUCUCUAGUGUACAAUCGGAACACGAUGGAUAUCUACGUUAAGCCAAAGAAAGACGACGGCGGCGGCGCCAGCACGGCCAGCAACCCCGACAUUUCCCUCGAAGACGCUGGAAGCGAACUGUCCACCGAUGGUUACGAGAACAUCAUCUGCUCCCCAAAUUUCUCACAGAUUAGUGGCAAGAUGAUGAACAGCUAUCAGGACGAUGAUUACGACGAUGAUUUCGAUAUUCAAAUUAUACCGGAUGACAACUCACUGAUGAACGGUGAAAGUGAAGGUGGCGGAGAUGAUGAGAUAGUCUAUCCGCCGCCCCUGCUACCAUACGGAAAUCCUGAAACCAGCAUAACCCGUGUUUCAUUCGGUAAAUCCAUGCGAACCAACGGUGGACCAGGAUUGUUGAAGCCACUGAAACAAAGCCGCCAGUCAAGAGGACGGGGAGGUAGACUUCUUGCCCGGCUGCCGAGGGAGAGCAGUGCUAGCAGGAUGCCACUGGCGAACGGAGCAGCGAUCCCCCCGUCAGCGUUUGUGCUACGAAACCCGCGGGGUAAUCAGCCACGAUCCUACAACACCGAUGCACUGUGGUCGGCUCUGAUGGAUGUGAAGGCAGGGGAAAGCAUAUACAGGGCAUCACAAAUCCACAAAGUUCCUCGCAAAACCCUUCGUAACUGGAUGAAGCGAUGGGACAUCAAAUCCGCCUAUCCAAUGCCGCGGCAGCUGAAGGAGGCGGCCGAGAAGAAGCGUAUCAUUAAGGAACUGACUGAACAAGCGCAGCAACUCAGCGACGAGCCAAUGCAGUAGCAAACUAGCGUUAAGGAAUCACAAACCAGCAAACAAACAAAACCGAAGACGAGCAGAAAACAGAAACCAAUAUAUACGUUUUUAUGGCAGAGAAAGAAAUGAUAGUCAGUUUGAAACAAAUGGCAAAGAGAGACAACUUUAUGAGUAUAUAUAUAUAUAUAUAUAUAUAUUUAGCUGUUAAGGUUUAACAAUAAAGAAUAUAGUGAGGAGUACUUCCCUAUGAAACGGAACAAAAAGGUUCAAAACAACGUCUAGUUCAAUAGCGAGUAGAUUUUCUUUUGUUUUCAAGAAUAUACACAACUUACAAUCUCGUUUUUCCUAGUUUUAAUCAUUUUAGCGAAGCACACAUUCAUUAUAUAGCGUGUGCCAGAAUUUAGUUUACAGAAUGCACUUACUGGGUAACCGUAAAAAAUAUCGUCGCUUCGGCGGUGAGUUACUUUUAGGAGAGCAAUCCUGCUUCUAGUCAAAUGUUGUAAAAUCACAACCAUUAGUUUUUCACGAGGGCUUUAUACGAUUCUAGUUAAGCGGCUUUAGUCACGCUCGGUUGCAAUGUACCAUUUUUUACGAUUAGGAGAGGUAUAGUAUACAUUAUAUAAUAAUUUACUAACAACUAUUUCGAAACCAUUAUUUCAAACAUUCGUAGGUACUUACUUAUAAUCGCGCUGAAAAAUUAUAGUUUAGUAUGUGAGUCUUUUAAAUUAUUUUGAACCACCAAACUGUGAAUUUCAAUAAAAUGAUUUCAACAACCAAAA